AUGGGAGAGUUUGAGAACACGAACACGAAAGAAGAGCAGCGCCCCCUCAUAGACCGCUACACAUUGGUAGUGACGGAGGCAAAUAAUAUCCUCACUUCGCGCCUCGCAAGGGAGUUUGAAAACGGCAAGGCCAGCCCUCCGUCCCGCUUCAAGCUCCAGAUCAUCGCUGAGCCGCCUUGCGACUCAGGCGCAAUGGACAUCACGGCUGACCUGGAUCUCAACGAUUCACGCGGCGACGGCAGCUGGAGACCGGUGUCGCUGAAAAAUCUCCCCCAAAGCGGCCACGAUUAUGGCAAAUUCAAGAAGGAGGACUGGAAAAAGAGGGAUUCUAACGAUCUUUCCGGCACCAGCCCUGCUGAGAUGUCGUACAAGCACCUCUCCCCGCUCGCCACCCGUCUCCGUGCCCUACACAUCCCCUCCCGGCCCUUACUCCUGACCAACGUCCACGACGGUGCCACUGCCUCGCUCGCCCUCUCCCACCCCUCCACGACCGCAAUAGCCACCGCAUCCUACGCCAUCGCCCUCGCCCAAGGAACCACCGACGCCGCCCUCACGCAGGCCGAGAACCUGGCCGGGAUCCGCGCCGUGACGCGUGUCGUCGCCCGCGAGCGCCCGGACGUGCCCGUGACGGCUGACGUGCAGGACGGCUACGCCUCUGUCUCUGAGACCAUCAGGCAGGUGCUGGAUCUCGGGGUCGUGGGGGUGAACCUCGAGGACGUGAGCAGCGAGACGGGGGAGUUGUACCCGGAGGAGGAGGCGGCGGCGAGGGUGGCGGAGGCCGUCAGGACGGCGGCGGAGGCAGGGGUGGACGACUUUGUGGUGAAUGCGCGGACGGAUGUGUUGGGGUUUGGAGGACGAGUCGAAGACGCAGUGCAGAGAGGGGCAAGGUACUUGGAGGCAGGGGCUUGUACGGUGUUUGUAUGGGGCGGGCCUGGGGGCCGAGGGGUGAGGGAUGACGAGGUCAGAGAGCUGGUCAAGGGGUUGCAAGGGCGGGUGUCGGUGAAGAUGAACCUGAGGGCGGGGAUGUUGACUGCGAAGCAGCUGGGAGAGAUGGGCGUCGCGAGAAUUAGUGUCGGGCCCGAGUUAUAUCACAAGGGGAUGAAGGGGUGGAAAGAUGCGAUGCAGACGAUGCUGGGGAGUGGAGGGUUUUCGUGA